CUUUUUGUUACAGAAUUUCAUGAAUUACCAUUUCAUUUCUAAGUGAGAGCUUAAUUUCCCUUUCUAUUCUUCCUAUCCAAGCACAACAGUUUAAAACAGGAAACAACUGCAUAUGCAAUUUUGGUUAACCUUUGUCUAGUUUCCUUGAAAUUAGGAAAUCAAGAAACUGAAAUUAUGGCUGGAAAGCCCAAGCUGUAUUACUUUGAUGGAAGAGGCAAAAUGGAGUCAAUACGAUGGCUGCUAGCAGCAGCUGGCGUGGAGUUUGAAGAAGAAGUUUUGGAGACAAGAGAGCAAUUUGAGAAGCUGCUUCAAGAUGGAUUCCUGCUCUUUCAGCAAGUGCCUAUGGUAGAAAUAGAUGAGAUGAAGAUGGUGCAGACCCGAGCCAUUCUCCACUACAUUGCAGCAAAACACAACCUCUACGGGAAGGACCUGAAGGAGAGAGCACUAAUUGACAUGUACGUGGAAGGAACAAUGGACCUAAAUGGGUUUAUUUUGCUCUUCCCUUUCUUGUCACCUGAGGAUAAGGAGACACAACUUGCCGUAAUAAUUGAGAAAGCAACGAAAAGAUACUUUCCUGCCUAUGAAAAGGUGCUGAAGGAUCAUGGACAAGAUUUCCUUGUUGGCAACCAGUUCAGUAUGGCUGAUGUAUUCCUGCUCGAAUCUAUUUUAAUGGUGGAAGAAAAGUCCUCCACUGUUCUGACUGAAUUCCCUCAAUUGCAGGCUUUUAAAGCGAGGAUCAGUAACAUACCCACAAUCAAGAAGUUUCUGGAACCAGGAAGCCAGAGGAAACCUGUACCGGAUGAUAAAUAUGUGGAGACUGUGCGAAGAGUUCUCCAGAUGUAUCAUGAUGUGAAAGCGAGUUAGGAUGGCUGCCGAUACGUCGUUCUGUUGACCUCUUCAGAAUUACAAGUCCCAGUGGCUAAUGAUGGUUGUGAGAGGCCCUUAUGAAAUCCAUUCCGAUACAUUAGCGAUGAGAGCAUUCUGUGAUAAUUAAUGGUUAAAUGGGCUGCUAAAGCAGGCUUAGGGUUAGAUGCUAGUGGUAGUUUGUAGCAGUGGGGUACACAAUAUCCAAGGGCUUGAUUCUAAUCAGGGGUGUUGAUUGAGCUUCCUACAUUUCACAAAAGAGUCAUAGAGAGUAUCCUUUUGUACUGAGUGAAGGAGUAUUUUUUUACUUCAGCUACUCAGAUAAAGGAACUUGUUCAAAUGAGAUACUUGGAUAAGACUUUUCUUCCCAGCAGUAUGUUCUGCCAAUGGAAGGGCUUUCUGUACAACUGGCGAAAAAAUUGUGUGCUUUUGAAAGGGAUUCUGCUGCAGAUCUUUCCUUGCUGGUACUUGUAACUCAGCAAAGUUUGGCAAGGUUGUAAAAGCUUUUAAAUAUAACCUCGGGUAAAGGGAAUACAAAUUGUAGGAAAGCCUUAGAAUGAUAUUUGUUGGCAAAUUUCUGUGAAAUCAAAUAUGCAUAGGAGUAGGCUGUAAGGCUUUGUAUUUUAUCUCUCUCCUGGGAUGUUCAUAUUCUUGUAUCACACUGAAUUUAAGUUUGAUUGGGGAAGUUCGAAUACUUAGUACUACUAUUCAUGUGCUGUCUUAUUGCUUCUGCAGGCUGGCAAACCUGUUCCUAAUAAACCAGUCUUAUUCUUCCACAGAAA